ACAAAGCCAAACUCUUUACUCUAUCUUUAUCUCUAUCUCUCUUUCUUUCUUUCUCCAUUACUCUCUUUCUCUCUUUCUAAAUGGAAGCUCUUACCUUUAUGAAAUUCUGGUUAACCAACAACACAACCAUCAAACCUCGCCGUGAAAUCAGAAUCUCAGAAUCCGCCGUCGAUUCCACCACCGGAUCAGAAGAUCCCGACCUUGACCUCUGCGAAGGAGAGGAUUCCUUCUUCGAGCUCAAGAUCUCUCUCUCGGAUUUCAAAACACCUAAAGAAAAACAGAGACUCGAAACAACAACAACAACAACAACGUACUCUGUUUCUAACAAAAGCAAAGUCCUUCCUUUCGUUGAUAUCUCUUCAAAACCCCAACAAUCUCCGACCACUCUUUUGAAAUCCGGUCAAAAGUUUCGUGCUUUCUCAUUCAAGAAGUCAGAAAAGUCAACGACGACUGAGAAGAAGAAAGAAGAAAACAACCGAACUAGUCUCAACGUAAGAUUCAGAGUCGACGAUGAAACAACAACAACAAGUUUCAGAAAAACAGCAAGCAUUGCGAGAUCACAACAAACAGACGACACGAUGUUCGACGACUCUGUUUCAAAGAGAUUCUUCAGUCUCAUUAAACCUUUGUACACUAAAUCAACGAAGAAGCAGUCAUCGUCGACGAUUACAUCUCCGACGUCUUCACCGGCGACGAGAGAGAAACAGAGGAGUAAUAUUCCGUCGGGGAUGAGAAGUGUGAGGAGACAACUUGGGAAGAGUCGGUCAGCUUCUGCGGCGAUCGGAGGAAUGUCUCCGGCGAACAGAAUCGAUGAGUCUUUACAAGUUCAACAAGAUGGGAUUCAAAGUGCGAUUCUUCAUUGCAAGAAAUCGUUUCAUGGCUCGAGAGAAUCUUCUCUGUUAUCACGAUCUACGAGUGAAUCUUCUUCACAAGAGAAACUUAGUACUUCGUCGUCUGAAGGUAAAUUAUAAAUUCUUGAAUUGGAUCAUUUUUGUUUACUGUUAAGUUAAUUAUGAAGGAAAUGCUAAUUAAAUACUAUUUGUAUGUUUUUGUAGAUUCUUAUUUGUUUUCAAGGAUUUCAAGUGAUUCAAUUUCGGAGAAAUCAAUGGAUAGCUUGACUUCAAUUAAGGAACAGAGGGAGAAGAUUAGCGAUUAGGUUUAAUUUUUUUAAAAUAGUAUGAAAUUAGGAUUUUUUGGUGAUUUUGUGAAAUUAGUUUAAAAUGAAGAUGAUGAUGAUGACAAAAACAGAUAAAUCUUGUGGCAGAGAGACUCAGAUUAGUGAAUGGUCUUGGUUUUUGCCUUUGUAUAGUGAUGGAUCAUUAUGUGAAUCCUGACACCUUGAGGAUUGAAAAAACUAUAUUGUAGUAAAUUUAUAUUUAUUACAUAUCUCUGUCGUCUUCAUUUUCGUUUGUCACACAACUCAAAAAUGUGUCAUAGUUUCAAAAUUUCUUGUAUUCUCUUAGUGAAAAAAAAAACUCAAGAAAUUAAAGUAUCUUUUAGUAACAACUAUUUAACUCAAG